AUGGCGGCUCUAGCUCCACCUCCAAUGAUACCUCAUCCACAGUGGUCCACUGACCCUCCCACUGGGCCGGGCCCCAUGAUGCGUCUACUCACAGAAGUGACCACAGCUGUCAACUCUAUACCUUGCGAGUCAGUGGAAGAAUCACCUCCAGAAGACCCUGACCAAAGCUAUCGCAUGAUCGAAAUGCAAGAGUAUAUCGAGCGGCAAUGCAUGAAGCAGAGAAGGGAAGACUUUCGGGAUUUAAUCAUUUCACAUGAGCGCAAAGCUGAUGAAGCGGCAUCCUCUGGUAACAGAGCCCGAAGUAGGAAAGUUCGAUCCAUCCCAACUCAUUACACCUCCGCGAACUCGUGUUCAGCUAAAGAUUAA